GCGAAUUGGAAGCGACGAAGACAAUUACUACGAGAAUCACUUCAUAACUCAGCACAAUAUUCCUAGAGAGCUGGCUAACAAAUAUUCCAGCGAGCAGGGGGAUGCAUUCGAGAGGGAAAGACUAAUUAUUGAAAUAAAUGGGAACGAUCCUCCUGAAUGGUGGCAGCAAAAUCAGCCGCAGCAAAGGGUAGAUGCUCGUGUAUUAUCCAUUUUUACAGAUCAAGAGGUCACUCCAGAUUGGUACGUAAUUCAAGCGGCCCAAGCCGAGGUUCUGAUUUUAAACCUUAAGACUACCGAAUAUACGUUUCCAGGAUUCAUUAGGGAAACGAAAAAACUGAAAGUUCUCAUCGUGAUCAAUCAUGUGCACCGCUGGUUCACUAAAUUCAAAAACUUCGAGUUGAUUAUUUUUCUGCAAACGCUCAGGAGAAUCAGAUUGCAGCAGGUUUCAGUUCCUUGCCUUUGGGAAUCCAAGAACCUGCACAAGCUAACGCUUUACAUGUGUGAAGUGUACACGGCUUUUGAAAACAGUUCCAUCAAGUUCCCAAACCUGGUGGAGCUGAACAUUGAGUAUUGCAAAGAUUUGCUGAAGUUGCCUGAUGGGAUUUGCCAUAUUGAAACCUUAAAGAAGCUCAGCAUCAGUAAUUGCUCCAAGUUUACGGAACUUCCGCAGGAAAUUGGAAGGCUUAAGAAGUUGAAAUUACUAAGGAUUAGUUACUGCGCGGAGGAGUUUGAGAAAAUACCAGAGUCGAUCACAGAGCUCGAGAGCCUAAGCUUUCUUGACAUAUCAUUCUGCCUGAACAUUAAGAAGUUACCGGACAAUAUUGGCGAGUUAAGGAGUCUAACAAAUUUUAAUAUGUCAGAUUGCUCAAUUAGUGAUCUGCCUGCAGCCUCUGUCAUGAGAUUGAAGCAUUUAAAGAAAGUGACAUGCGAUGAAUAUACAUAUCAUAUUUGGGAAGUUAUCAAGGGUCUCAUAGACUUCGAACUCAAGGUAGAGACGGCCAAAGGAAUUACCUUAAAUUGGCUGCGGAGUGACUUUGAAGGCGAUGACGAGGAUGGCAUAACCAUGAAAAUGGACAGAGAUGAUUAUUCAUGACAGGUAAAUGUACUUUUCAUUUCGGAAUAGAAGUGAUAAUAACAAAACUACAGUUUCCAUUUGCUAACAGUUUAUUUGGAUUAAUGAGAAUUUAGAUUGAAUCUUUUA